CCGGCGGCCCAGGCGCGGAGGGGGAGACGGUCCCAAGAUGGCGGCGCUGCAGGCGGAGCGCGGGUACGGGCUGUCCUGCGGCCGCCUCGGCCGCGGCACCCGCGUCUCCGUCUUCCACGUCAAGCUCACGGAGAGCGCCCUGCGCGCCUUCGAGAGCUACCAGGCCUGUAAGGAUGCUGUGACAUCAAAGCCAGUAAUCCAGUUUCAAGGAAGCCAAGGGCACAUCACCAUCCCCAGGCCUGACCGACCCACUGAAGUGAGGACCUUCACCUUCUACCUGUCCAACAUCGGCAAGGACAGUCCCCAGGGCAGCUUCGACUGCAUCCAGCAGUAUGUGUCCAGCAAUGGCAACAUCCACUUGGAUUGCUUGGGGAGCAUCCAGGACAAGAUCACAGUGUGUGCCACGGACGACUCCUACCAGAAGGCGAGGCAGAGCAUGGCGCAGGCGGAGGAGGAGACGCGCAGCCGCAGCGCCAUCGUCAUCAAACCCGGGGGCAGAUACGUGGGCAAAAAGGUUCAGGUGCGGAAGCCUGCACCAGGAGCUUCCGAUGCUGUUCCCUCCAGGAAGCGCCCAACGCCAGUCAACCUUGCCAGUGCAAUAAAGAGAGGCAAUAGUGCCAUAUCCCAGAGACCCUUCAAAGAUAGGGUUGUGCACUUACUGGCACUAAAGCCUUAUAAGAAACCUGAGCUUAUUCUCAGACUGCAGAAGGAUGGACUUACUCAGCAGGACAAGGAUUUGCUGGACAACCUUCUGCAGCAGGUGGCAAAUCUGAGUGCCAAGGACAGCACUUUCACCCUGAAAGACUGUGUCUACAAAGAGGUGCAGAAGGACUGGCCUGGCUACUCGGAGGGGGACCAGCAGCUGCUGAAGAGGAUCCUCGUCCGGAAGCUCUGCCAGCCCCAGAACAGCAGCGGUUUCCAAGGAGAAGCUCCUCCUUCCCUGAGCCCACCAAAAGACAACCUGAACUCCAGCUCUCCUCCUCAGAAACGAUCCCAACCUCUGGAGUUUAUCGAUCCCUUGGCCAACAAAAAGCCCAGGAUCUCGCAUCUGGCUCACAGAACCCAACCCACGUUCAACGGGAAGCUGAACUCCUCCAACGGGAAGGACGCCCCCGCCCCGGCCGUGCCGCCGCCGCUCCCGGAGUCCGUCGGCUCCAGCUCCAGCCUGCCGGUGCUGGAGCUGCCGAGGCCUCACGAUCCCCUUGCAGAUGUCAGCAACGACCUGACUCACAACGGCAGAGACUGUGAGAACCCGGAGGCUGCUGACAGACUGACUCAUCCCUUGCCAACAGACUGUCCCCAGACGAGCAAACACAACUGCAGCUCGUACCUCAAAAGCAAGAAAAAGUCCAAAAAGCACAAAGACAAAGAGAAGGAGAAGAAGGAGAAGAAGAGUGAAGAGAAGUGCAAAGAGGAGAAGCAGGACUGUGAAGUAAUAAAAAAUGCUGACUUACUUAGUGUUCCCCAGGAGCAGGUCACAGGUUUGAAUGGAACAUGCAAUAACUCCACUGUCCCAACAGCAGCUUCAGAAAUGCCAGAUUAUUUAUUGAAGUACGCAGCCAUCUCCUCCUCGGAGCAGCGGCAGAGCUACAAGAACGACUUCAACGCGGAGUACAGCGAGUACCGCGGGCUGCACGCACGCAUCGAGCGCGUCACGCGCCGCUUCACGCAGCUGGACGCACAGCUGCGCCAGCUGCUGCAGGGCUCCGACGAGUACAAGACCAUCCAUGAUCAAAUCCUACAGGAGUACCGGAAAAUUAAAAAGACUAACCCCAACUACAGCCAAGAGAAGAAUCGCUGUGAAUACCUCCACAACAAACUGGCCCACAUCAAAAAACUGAUAGCAGAGUAUGACCAGCAGCAGUUCUAGCUGGCACUGCCCCAGCCUGGGGAGGGCAAAGCAAAACCAACCCAACAGCAACCAGGCAAAGUCACCUGGACGUUACCUUCCCUUUAAUACACCGAGAUCCCUUCAGAGAUGGGAAUUGAUCCUCCUGGGUGAAGAACUUGAGGACCUUGGCUCUGCCCUGGCUGGGUGGCAGUGCCCAGCAUGACCCUCUCCAGCCUCAGCCUCUGGAUCUUGGAAUGUAACAGGAAAAGCAAACCUGCUGGUUGGCAGCCAGCCCUUGACACAGGAGGGAAACUUGCCUGAAGUGACCGAAGCUCCCAAAGGUUGAGAAUCAGUUUUCAUGGAGGCCAGGCUUGGCCUGAGCUGUAACUGGGGCCACUGGGUUACAAAUUGUCCUUCAGAUGGGGAGGAGCUGGAGUGCUGCUAGGUUACCUCCCCUGGCACCUAUGACUGUUCAGAUGCAAGCUGCCUGCUCCACAGCCUGGAGAUCCUCCCCACAGCUCUCCACCAGUCCCCUCACAGCUUUCCACCAGCUCCUUGCUCCUGCUGCUCUCACCCCCAGCUGGCUGUGCCCCCAGGAGGGGACACCCUGUGCAGUGCAGGGCUGGAUCCUCCAUGGCUUGAAAACCCAAAUCCCAAAUCUCUCUUCUUUUUCCUGCUUUGUGAGUCUGGCAGCAGCAGGGGGAGGCUCUGCAGUGGCCUCUCCAGCAGACAGGGUCCCUUCUGCCGGAGCUCCCCUCCUGGGGCUGGGGCAGGCAGCCCUGGCUGGGCUCUGAUCCUAGCUCCUGGCUCAGAUCUGCUCCUGCUACCCAGACAGCUCCUGUGUGCCUCAUCCCUGCUCUCUGCAUCCAAGGCUUAAAGCCAGAAGCAUCUUUCUCCCUAGACCUCUGCCUCCCUCUCUCCUUCCAGGCCCAAAUGUUCCACACCUGUGCCAGUCUCACACCUGCAGAGCUCUUUGGUGCCCACCCAGAGCUCUCCUACCUGUGCUGCCCUGGGCGGGGGGGGAAUGGGGGUAGGUCAGGCUGACUUUUUUUUUUUGUCUUCCUGGGUUUAUUUUCCUUUUGGUCUUCUUUUAGUGUUUGGGUUUGGGGUUUCUUUUCCCCUUUUCCCUCUUGGUUUUGGUUUGGGGUUUUUUUUGCUGCUUGCUUUCCUCCCCCCCCCCCCCCCACCUCCUGCUUUUGUUUUGUUUGGGUUUAUUUUUCCCCCCCUACUGUUGUUGGGAGUUUUCCUCCUGCUUUAGUUGGGUUGGGUUUGUUGGUUUGUUUAUUUUGGGUGUUUCCUCUUUUCCCCUCCCCCCCCCCCUUUUUUUUUCCCCUUGGUUAAUUUAUUUUGCUGUUAGCUUUGG